GCGGCGGCGCGGGGCCGGCUGGCGGCGGCGCUGGUGGCCAACCUGGGCUCGUCCAUCUGCAUCGUGUUCCUGAACAAGUGGCUGUACGUGCACCUGGGCUUCCCCAACCUGAGCCUCACGCUCGUGCACUUCGGCGCCACCUGGCUCGGCCUGUCGCUGUGCCAGGCGCUGGGCGUCUUCGCCCCCAAGAGCCUGCGGCCUGGCCAGGUGCUGCCGCUGGCCCUCAGCUUCUGCGGCUUCGUGGUCUUCACCAACCUGUCCCUGCAGAACAACACCAUCGGCACCUACCAGCUGGCCAAGGCCAUGACCACCCCGGCCAUCGUGGCCAUCCAGACCCUGGCCUACGGCAAGACCUUCCCCCUGCGCAUCAAGCUCACUCUGAUUCCCAUAACUUUAGGUGUGUUCUUAAACUCCUAUUACGAUGUCAAGUUUAACUUCCUUGGAAUUGUGUUUGCUACCCUGGGUGUUCUGGUUACAUCUCUGUAUCAAGUGUGGGUGGGAGCCAAGCAGCAUGAGCUGCAGGUGAACUCUAUGCAGUUGUUGUACUAUCAGGCACCAAUGUCCUGUGCCAUGUUGUUCUGUACUGUACCCUUCUUUGAGCCAGUAUUUGGAGAAGGGGGGAUAUUUGGACCAUGGACGCUUUCUGCUGUGAUAAUGGUGCUGCUGUCUGGUAUAAUAGCCUUUAUGGUAAACUUGUCCAUUUACUGGAUCAUUGGAAAUACCUCUCCUGUCACGUAUAAUAUGUUUGGACAUUUCAAGUUCUGCAUCACUCUUCUAGGAGGGUACAUCUUAUUUAAGGAUCCAUUAUCAGUAAAUCAAGGUCUUGGGAUUCUGUGCACAUUGUUAGGCAUUUUAGCAUAUACUCACUUCAAACUUGGUGAACAGGAAAGCAGUAAGAGUAAAUUGGUUCAGUGUCCAUAAACCAGCAUUUCUUGGGAAAAGCAUUCAUCGUAUCGGGGUAAAUGCUGUAAGAGUUGCUGUGACUUUCACAUCCAUACCAAAUGAACUAAUGGUGGCUACUCUUUCAGUAAAUAUUGAAGGAAUUCUGACUCUGUGAUCCUGACAGGUAUUGUUAUUAUUAUUAUUGUAAAGAAGCUUUGAGGCCUAUACAUGCAGAUAUUCCAAUAUAUAAGGACACUUGCUGCCUUUUUGACUUUUAGACAAUGAAAGGGCACCUUGCUUUUUUGCUGUUUAUGUUAAAAAAGCUGUCAACCAGAACUCUGAUUUCAACAUGAUUCCUUAUGUAUAGGGAUCCUGGUCUUCUCUGAUUUAAAAAAAAAUCCCUAAUUUCCAGU